AUGUCCGCCGCCGCAACCAAGACCGAGACCGCCUUCACAGCCCGCGACUUCCAACUCCUCGCCAAAGCAAUGAACUGCAUGAAGACCGAACUCGCAGUCGACUACGCCAAAUUCGCCGAACUCAGCGGCCUCAAGAACGCCAACAGCGCCAAAGCCUCCUGGCACGCCCUCAAGAAGAAAAUCGACAAAGCAGGCGAAGGCAGCGUCUCCUACUCCGGCGAGCCCGAUACUGCUGGAGCUCCCCCGAAGUCGAAGAAGCGUAAGAGCACUGCCAACGACGAGGGAGGCGAUGAUGGCGAGGGUGAAGAGAUUGCGGCUCCUGCCAAGGCGGUCAAGAAGGGACGUAAGCCGAAGGCGCCGUCGGCAGCUGCGAAGGCGAAGGCUGAGGCGGAGGCUGUGGAUAGCAUUGAGAAGGCGGAUGAGGAGAAUGGGGAGGAUGUCGCUGAUGUGAAGGAGGAGGUUGGUGGUGAGGAUGAGGGCGGUGAGGAGGCAAAAGUCAAGGAUGAGGCUGCGAACGAGGAUUAA